CAAGAGUGUGCAGAAAUGUCUGCUGCCAGCAGUCUGCUGUCUGAAGAUCAGUUCCUGUGCUCCAUCUGUCUGGAUGUGUUCACUGAUCCAGUCAGCACACCAUGUGGACACAACUUCUGCAAAACCUGCAUCACACAGCACUGGAAUGUUAGCACUCAGUGCCAGUGUCCUUUGUGUAAAGAGGAUUUCAAACAAAGGCCUGAGCUGCGGGUCAACACUUUCAUAUCUGAGAUGGCUGCUCAGUUCAGGAAGUCGUCUCAAAAGAAAGACAGCAGCCGCUCAGACCGACGAUGUGCCAAACCAGGAGAAGUUCCCUGUGAUGUCUGCACCGGGACCAAACUGAAGGCCCUGAAGUCCUGCCUGGUGUGUCUGGCCUCCUACUGUGAGACUCACCUGGAGCCUCAUCAGAGGAUCCCAGGCCUGAAAACACAUCAGCUGAUCGAUCCUGUGGACAACCUGGAGGGCAGGAUGUGUAAGAAGCACGAAAAACCACUGGAGCUUUUCUGCAAGACUGACCAGAUGUGUGUAUGUCUGCUCUGCACUGUUUUAGACCACAAGUCACAUGAGAUUGUUCCUCUGAAAGAAGAAUAUGAAGGAAAGAAGGCUGAGCUGGGGGAGACAGAGGCUGAAAUCCAGCAGAUGAUCCAGAAGAGACGAGUGAAGAUUCAGGAGAUCAAGCGAUCAGUGGAGCUCAGCAGGGAAGAUGCAGAGAGAGAGAUAGCAGACGGUGUGCAGGUCUUCACUGCUCUGAUGCAGUCUGUUGAGAGAGGCCAGGCUGAGCUCACUGACAUGAUCCAAGAGAAGCAGAAAACAACAGAGAAACAGGCUGAAGGCUUCAUCGAAGAGCUGCAACAGGAAAUCUCUGAGCUGAUGAGGAGAAGCUCUGAGGUGGAGCAGCUCUCACACACUGAAGAUCACCUCCACCUCCUCCAAAGCUUCCCAUCCCUCAGCGCUCCUCCACACACCAAGAACUGGACAGAGGUCAGAGUCCAUCGCUCAUCAUACGAGGGGAGUGUGAGCAGAGCUGUGGCUCAGCUGGAGGAGACGCUCGGUAAAGAGAUGAAGAAGCUGCUGGAGGCUGAGCUGAAGAGGGUCCAGCACUUUGAGGUGGAUGUGACUCUGGAUCCUGAUACAGCAAAUCCCUAUCUCAUCCUGUCUGAUGAUGGGAAACAAGUAAAGACUGGUGAUGUAAAGAAGAAUCUCCCAGACAACCCAGAGAGAUUUUCUUAUUGUGUGUCUGUCUUAGGAAAGCAGAGCGUCUCCUCAGGAAGAUUUUACUACGAGGUUCAGGUUAAAGGGAAGACCAAGUGGGAUUUAGGAGUGGCUAGUGGGUCGAUUGAGAGGAAGGAAAAAAUCUCUCUGAGACCCAAGAACGGCUUCUGGACUAUAUGGCUGAGGAAUAAAAAUGAGUACAAAGCUCUUGCUGGCCCUGGUGUCCGUCUCUCUCUGAAGUCUCCGCCUCAGAAGGUGGGGGUGUUUGUGGAUUAUGAGGAGGGUCUGGUCUCCUUUUAUGACGUAGAUGCUGCAGCUCUUAUCUACUCCUUUACUGACUGCGGCUUCACUGAGAAACUCCUCCCAUACUUCAGUCCCUGUCCUAAUGAUGGUGGUGAAAACUCGGCCCCUCUGAUCAUCUGUCCUGUCAAUCAAACAGAUUAUUCCCACAUCAAUGCCAUAGACUGUAGUUUGAAUGAAGGUUGUGCAGAAAUGUCUGCUGCCAGCUGUCUGCUAUCUGAAGAUCAGCUCCUGUGCUCCAUCUGUCUGGAUGUGUUCACUGAUCCAGUCACCACACCAUGUGGACACAACUUCUGCAAAACCUGCAUCACACAGCACUGGGAUGUUAACACUCCGUGCCAGUGUCCUUUGUGUAAAGAGGAUUUCAAACAAAGGCCUGAGCUGCGGGUCAACACUUUCAUAUCUGAGAUGGCUGCUCAGUUCAGGAAGUCGUCUCAAAAGAAAGCCGGCAGCCGCUCAGACCGACGAUGUGCCAAACCAGCAGAAGUUCCCUGUGACGUCUGCACCGGGACCAAACUGAAGGCCCUGAAGUCCUGCCUGGUGUGUCUGGCCUCCUACUGUGAGACUCACCUGGAGCCUCAUCAGAGGAUCCCAGGCCUGAAAACACAUCAGCUGAUCGAUCCUGUGGACAACCUGGAGGGCAGGAUGUGUAAGAAGCACGAUGCACCGCUGCAGCUAUUCUGCAAGACUGACCAGAUGUGUGUGUGUCUGCUCUGCACCUUUUCAGACCACAAGUCACAUGACAUUGUUCCUCUGAAGGAAGAAUGUGAAGGAAAGAAGGCUGAGCUGGGGGAGACAGAGGCUGAAAUCCAGCAGAUGAUCCAGAAGAGACGAGUGAAGAUUCAGGAGAUCAAACGGUCAGUGGAGCUCAGCAGGGAAGAUGCAGAGAGAGAGAUAGCAGACGGUGUGCGGGUCUUCACUGCUCUGAUGCAGUCUGUUGAGAGAGGCCAGGCUGAGCUCAUUGACAUGAUUGAAGAGAAGCAGAAAACAACAGAGAAACAGGCUGAAGGCUUCAUCGAAGAGCUGCAACAGGAAAUCUCUGAGCUGAUGAGGAGAAGCUCUGAGGUGGAGCAGCUCUCACACACUGAAGACCACCUCCACCUCCUCCAGAGCUUCCCAUCCCUCAGCGCUCCUCCACACACCAAGAACUGGACAGAGGUCAGAGUCCAUCGCUCAUCAUACGAGGGGAGUGUGAGGAGAGCUGUGGCUCAGCUGGAGGAGACGCUCGGUAAAGAGAUGAAGAAGCUGCUGGAGGCUGAGCUGAAGAGGGUCCAGCACUUUGAGGUGGAUGUGACUCUGGAUCCUGAUACAGCAAAUCCCUAUCUCAUCCUGUCUGAUGAUGGGAAACAAGUAAGUCAUGGUGAUGUAAAGAAGAAUCUCCCAGACAACCCAGAGAGAUUUUCUCAUAGUGUCUGUGUCUUAGGAAAGCAGAGCUUCUCCUCAGGAAGAUUUUACUACGAGGUUCAGGUUAAAGGGAAGACCAAGUGGGAUUUAGGAGUGGCUAGAGAGUCGAUUGAGAGGAAGAAAAACAUCACUCUGAGCCCCGAGGACGGCUACUGGAGUAUAUUGCUGAGGAAUAAAAAUGAGUACAAAGCUGCUGCUGGCCCUGCUGUCCGUCUCUCUCUGAAGUCUCAGCCUCAGAAGGUGGGGGUGUUUGUGGAUUAUGAGGAGGGUCUGGUCUCCUUUUAUGACGUAGAUGCUGCAGCUCUUAUCUACUCCUUUACUGACUGCGGCUUCACUGAGAAACUCCUCCCAUACUUCUGUCCCUGUCCUAAUGAUCGUGGUGAAAACUCGGCCCCUCUGAUCAUCUGUCCUGUCAAUCAAACAGUUUAGUCUGCCAUAACAGUAAGGUUUUCUCAGAAAUCAUUUCCUGCCAUGUAAGCUCAAAAUUUUAAAUAUCCAAUGAUGAACUUCACUGCCUUGUUAAAAUCCUUGUAACGAAUCUGUCAAGGUGUCAAAAUACAUACAUCAUAUUCAUGUCAAAUCUCUGUAAAGUCUUUUAUCCUGACAAAAUUACUAGAGUGGUUUGCAAAUAAUACCAAAAAUUUUAAGUCUGUGUUUUUCACAUGACGA